GACGUCGAUCCCGACUUAUAAAAAGGUGCUCGGCGUCGCGACGCUGUAUUCGACGGACGCGAGUCGUCAAGAUAUUAUAGAAACCACGAUAUCGCGAGAAAACCGCGGUACUUCGGCGACUCCACAUCCGAUUCCCCCUCGUUGAUUCCUUUUUUGCACAGUAUUAUUGGAACUUAAGCCGUUCCGACCUCACUUUCGAAUAAUUCGCGGUGUGAUAUAAUGUCUUCAGUGAUGUAUGAAUCCCUAAGUGACAAGGUAGCGAUGUUCAAUCAGUAUGCCAGCCAGCAUAUGGAUAAACAAAAUAAGAAUCCGUUUACAUCCGGACUGAACCUCGAGAAACGUAAAUUUACGAAAGAAGAGUAUGGCAGACCACAAGCCGGCUCCUUGACGGACAUCCGCGGUCGCAAAGCGACUGCGCACAUUCUCAAAGAAGUGCUCGAACUCUGCGAGAUCAUUUACCAAGAGGGCACACCGUGUCGGGACCAACCUGACAUCAUCGCGAUCACGUUCGGCGAUCUGUUCAACAUUUACACCCACAUCAGUGACAAAUGCGUCGGUCUUCUAUUGAGGGCCAGGAAACAGAAACUCGUUGACUUCGAAGGAGAAUGUCUUUUCCAGAGGCGAGACGACCACGUGCCAAUAUUCCUGCUGAAACCCAUCGCUGAAAUUCGUCAGACGUUCAACCAAAGAUUAAAGGAGAUGGCAAAGGAAACACCGAUCAGUUAACACUUACACCGCCGCUUCGCCAUCUUUUCCAUCGUUCAAAUAAUCUUCGACACGUUGUUGUUUCACCUCUAUUGUCCUAUAUUAAUUAACAGUACGAGCGUAAGAGCAACGCGAAUGACCAUUAUAUAGUAUGUAAUUUGUAUCUGAGAUUCGGGAAUGUGUGGGGCGAAUGAGUGUGAGCUUCUGAGAGCGUGUUGUCAUAGACCGAUGUAAGAAAUUGAAUACAGAAAAUGUGAUAUUCUAUAGGAGAUUAGAAAUAAAAAGGGCUUUUCUAGAACUCGUUGGUGUU